CGCGAUAUGGUGGCCCCUGUUUUGCUUCUCUCCCUCCCGGCGCUGCCACGCGGGUCUCGCCUCUCCCUCUGCGAGCGUGUGUGCGCGCCUUCCCUGCCUCUUCUCCAGGCUGUGCACGAAGCUCUGGCUGCAGCGCCCCUGCUUCGCUCAGCAUUAGGCUAGCUAGAAGCAUUCGGUGGCUCAAACCUGGGGGGCGACCAGGUGUUGCUGGGUCAAGACUCCCCCCCCCAUCCCUGACUUGAACCUCAUGCAGCUGCCGACUAUAGAUGUCUUGUGUAAGAGGAAGCGAAUCGACAGGAGCCCUCACUUCCGAUCCUUGUUCAGCAAUGGAAACUGAACUGCUGCUGGCUCCUAUCACUGCUCUGGAGAUUGUGGAUGAUCACCUUGUUGCAGGUGAAGGACCCUACCUUGCCAUCUACUCCCUGGAGCCUGAUGCCAGCCAGUCAGCAAGAUGCCGUAAGGAGGUCCUUCGCAACCAUAAUGUCCAUGGUAUCAAGGAGCAGCAGGAUGUGGCCCCAGGACCAACCGCCCUAGCUGUCUUUGGAGGCAAAGGCCUCGUCGUUUUAGAGCUCAGCUUCCGGGGCGGCACGGCAAAAGUAGCCGAACUCUUUCCUUUCCGCGAGCUGCAUGACUGGAUCUGGGACCUGCAGUGGUUGGAGGCACCCGGCUGUGUGGCUUUGGCCCUGGGCCACAACUCCUUGGCACUGUACGACUGCGCUGGCCAGAGGACCCUUCGAGAAGUCCACUGCCAGGAGAAGUGCAUCCUCUACUCAGCCCACCUGGUUGGGAGCAGCUGGGACACGCUGGUGCUGGUGGCUGGCACAGUCUUUAACCAGCUGGUGGUCUGGUGCGCGGCCGACCCGCCGGACGACGCAGGCAGGGUGAAGCCCCGAAGCAGGAUCAACGGGCACAAGGGCGUCAUCUUCAGCAUCUGUUUCUCAGAGAGCAAAAGCAUCUUGGCCUCGGCCUCAGAUGACAGGAGCCUGCGGCUGUGGGGCGUCGGCGACCUCAGGUCGCCCCCUGACCCUGUCCCGUGCUUGGUGGUGUGCUACGGGCACCAGUCUCGGGUCUGGGCGGUGCGCCUGCUGAGCAGUUACGUCCUCAGCAUUGGAGAAGACGCUGCUUGCCUCGUGUGGAACUACCAGGGCGAGAUCGUUGACCGUUUCAAAGGGCACAAGGGGCGCGGCCUCCGGGCAGUCGCCGCCCACGAGAGGCGGGGCUGGGUGUUCACAGGCGGGGCCGAUUCUGGCAUCAGGCAGUGGCUCCUUAAAGGGCAGAGCGACGGCGGGAACAGCCUCAUGCGGCUGGACUUCCCCUCACCUCGCCGAAAAGGAUCUCCCAGAGCGGUGAAGCUGGUGGAUGUAAACCACCUCCUUGUGAUGACGGACGCUGGGGCUGUCUACGCCUAUGACUUGACCUCCAAAGCCUGGGCGUUGGUCCUCGAGGAUGCUGCGUAUCGGUCCUACAGCCUCCUGGAAGUCUCCGUGCUCAUCAGUGGCGUGGUGGCGUGUGCCAUGGGCAACCUGUUGGGACAGGUUAAAGUCUUCCCUCUCUGCAGUCCCGCAGAAAGCAAGGAGCUGAAGCUGUACGAGGGGAAAGUGCACAGCCUGAGUUGGGCCUCCUAUGCAGGGCAGGAUCCCGGCGCUUGCAGCCUCUUCGUUUCCGGAGCAGCUGGUUCCCUGCUGUGGCUGGAGGUCUCUCUUGGCCCACCUGAGGGAGUCACUGUGGUGGUGAAGCGAUGCUUCCGCCUGCCGCUCUGCAAGCAGCGAUGGCACACGUGCGCCGCCUUCACGCCCCAGGGAGAGCUGCUGCUCUGCGGCGACCGCAGGGGCUCCCUCAUGCUGUUUGAGUGCAAGCCAGCUCAGGCCUUGAGCAGAGGAGCAGGAGUUGGCUCCUCGGACCCAGAGGGGGCCUCCGGUUUGCCCUGCCCAACCUUUCCUCUCGCAGGGGAAGAGCCGCUCGCUGAGGGCCCCGUCUCUCUGCUCUUCGGCCUGCACGGAAAGCUGGGCGUCACCUCCAUCACCUGCCACCAGGACUUCAUCUACAGCACCGGCCGGGACAGCUGCUACCGCCAGCUGCAGGUGCAAGGCCGCCAGCUGCGCGUGCUGAGGAAGCACAGGCCAUGCAAGGGCCUGGAGUGGCUGGAGGAGCUGCGCUUCGGCCCCGAUGGGAGCAUGUGGGUGCUGGGCUUCCACGCUGACCGCUUUGUUCUCUGGAGCGCCAGCAGCAACGAGAUGCUGCUGUCUGUCCCUUGCGGUGGCGGCCACCGCUCCUGGAGCUACGCCCACCGCCUCCAGGCGGGAACCUUUGCCUACGUCAAAUCCGGGGAUGUGGUGGUGCACCAGAGUCAAGACGCGCAGGGCGGGCAGCGCAUCCUCAAGGAGUCCCUGCACGGGCGGGAACUAACAUGCGUUUGCCACGUCGGGGUUUUGCAGGCACCCGGGCAGGAGCCGCUGAGCACCCUUGCCACCGGCAGCGAGGAUGGCACAGUCAAUAUUCUGAGCUACAGGGCGCAGUCUCGUACGGUGACCCAGCUUGCCGCUCUGGGCGACCACAUCUCGAGCGUGAGAGCUCUGGCUGUGGCCAAGGACACUCAGCCCAAGGCAGGAAGUAUCUCUGCCGUCCUCUUCUCAGCUGGAGGGCGGGCCCAGAUUGAGUGUUACCGGAUGCAUAUUGGCCCCAGCCAUGGCUCUAGCAGCGGUGUGGUACAUCAGCUGCUCCACGUGGCUUCUCACCGCCUGGAUGAGCAGUGGGAGCGCAGGAAGAACAGGCACAAGCUCGUCAAAAUGGACCCAGAGACCAGGUAUAUGUCUAUUGAGGUCCUGGCUGGUGUGGAGUACCCAGAGCUUCCUGCUCCCUUGCUCUUCCUAGCCGCUGCUUGCAGUGAUGGCUCUGUCCGCCUCUUCCUGCUGCUUGAGCGUGCUCAGAAGCUGCAGCUUGUGGCAGAAUCCUUUCAUCAUCAGCACUGCGUCCUGAAGGUCCAGGCGUUUGCAUGUAAGACAGCAGGUGGAGGAAGAAGGCACUUGUUGAGCAGCGCUGCCACCGAUGGGAACAUUGCAUUCUGGGAUCUCGCCCCUACCCUUAAGCGUGCUGCAGAGGCCUUGAAGGUGGAAGGCACAGAAAUGAAGCUUCUGGACCUGGGUACCCCAGUCCUGACCAUCCGGGCUCACAGCUGUGGAGUGAACAGCCUCCACAUCCAACAAGCAGCUGACAGGCAUUUCCUGGUGGCCAGUGGCAGCGAUGACGGCUCCAUCUCUCUCAGCGCUGUUGAGGUGGAUGCUGGAAGCGACACCGACCAGGAAGCCAUCGCUGGGACCAGCAUCCGCCUUCUCAGAGACUCUUCGAGGCCCUGCGCCCACGCAGCUCACGUGACGGGGGUGAGGCUCCUGCAGCCGGACUUCCUCCUCUCUGUUUCGGUGGACCAGCGGAUGACGCUCUGGCACCUUCGCGAGGACAGCCUGUCUUUCGUCAGCAGCAAAUUCUGCCAUGUGGCCGAUGUGGCUGGCCUGGAGUGUUGGGAGGUUGGGGCCCGUGACUGCCACAGCGUGAUCUGUGGGCAGGGGCUGGAGAUCCUCCGCUGCAGCCUAGAUUUGCCAGACUCCUCUUCCGAGUCAGGACUUUUCACUUUUCGGCUGCUGCGGCUUGUGGCACCUGUUCAGAGGGAUUUGCUCGGUUGCGCAAAGUCCUGCACUCAAUAAUUCAGCGGUUGAGCCCUG